UCGGCAAGAAGAAGAGCGUUAUUUUGAUCGUUAAUUUUUGUCGGUGCAUUUGUUUGAUUUAAAAUGGAGCUCAGAUUGGACAUGUUAACCCUCUGCAGGACCUGCCUGCAGGAUGGAGAGACCCACAUGGUGUCCAUCUACGAGGCAGCGGAUGAUAAACAGCACGGUGGCAUUUCCCUGUGCGAGAAAAUCGAAAGUUUAAGCGGAAUUCAGAUAAAGCCCACGGCGGAGGAGGUGCUGCCCACCAGGAUCUGUCUUAGAUGCAAGGCAUUCCUAACCCUGGCCCACAAAUUCCGGCAGAUUUGUCAACGCUCCAAUGAAUUUCUGAGGGAAUAUGUGGUUAAGGAUGCACUGCAGCCAGUGGAUGCUACACCGGAGUCCACACCUCCUCCACCUGUGGAAACGGAGCAGUAUGAACCCGUGGAGGUGGAGGUGCUCGAGGAGGGGGCUUGGUCCACCGAAGAUCUGAUCGAGGAGGCAGAAACACCGGUGGCGGAGAAGGAGAAGUCCAUGGUUCUGGCUGUGCAAAUGAUUCCUGGCCCUGAUCCUGCUCCCUCGACCGCUCCUCCUGCAGUCCCGUCUAAGCUCCAUGUGUGCGAGAUGUGUGGCAAUGGUUAUCCCAGGAAAAGCACCCUGGACACCCACAUGCGACGGCAUAACGAUGAACGACCCUACGAAUGCGAGAUCUGCCACAAGUGCUUCCAUGUCAACUACCAGCUGAAGCGCCACAUGCGUUAUCACACAGGAGCAAAACCAUACACCUGCCAAUAUUGCCAACGCAGCUUCGCAGAUCGCACUUCCCUCGUUAAGCACGAAAGAACCCAUCGAAAUGAGCGUCCCUAUGCCUGCAAAACAUGCGAAAAAACCUUUACUUACGCCAGUGUCCUUAAAAUGCACUACAAAACGCACACGGGCGAGAAACCUCACACAUGUCGACUGUGCAGCAAAAACUUUGCUCGCACUCACAAUUUGGUGGCCCAUUUGCAGACCCAGCAGCAUAUAAAUGAUCCACGAUUACCUGCCUAUUUAAACACGUUUAAAGUGGGAAACCCAGCAAGUAUUCCCUAA